AUGACGCCAAUGGAGGACCAAACACUACAGAAAAUGACAUUCUUCUGUUUUGUUUCUCCUGUUCUCGCCGCACUACGUGACCCUUUCGGUGCAACUUGCUUUGGAACUGUCACCCAAAAAAAAAUUAAAAAAAUUGCUUUGGAACUUCAGUCAGUGUGCGCAAUUCACAGGAGCGUUGGCUAUUUCAUCCAGCUCCACCUUAUUCCAUCAGCUUCCGCUAACGUCGAAGACCAAGACUCUGGUGAGUGCAGGCCUUCUUCGGCAAUUCCUCUUAGCAUCUAUCCAUAUUUGCAAAAACUCCCCGAUUUCACGCUUUCUCGUUAUGGCAUUUGCGUUGAAAACCUCUGCAUUUCUGCAGGGCAAUGUUUUCUGCUGAAUUUUAAUUUGCAGAUUGUAAUCUGCACGAUGUUGCAAUGGAUGGGAGGUUCAAGGCGGAAAGUGACUACUACAAGGAGGUCUACACAGAAAAGGCAAAAGCAAUAUUUUGAACAGAGGAAACGCCAACAACAAAAUCUGCAGAUCACGGGGUCAGAGAGCAGUUCUGAUGUGUUAGGUAUAAGUGGGCAGUACCUGAAAGAAGGUCGGUCUCUGGACAUUCUCAAUUUGCUAAACUUGUCCACAAAUGCUCAGGAAUGUUAUUCUCCCUGUGUGGAAGAGAGUGCAGAUGCAGAGGCCAAAGUUUUGCCAGCCAAAAUCUUGAAAAAUCAACCAUCAGUAUUUACUAGCAUGGGUAAUCCUGUAGAAUCUCCUAGAAUUGAAGAAGCAAGAGUACCACCAGGCUGCCAGAUGGAUGCAUCACAAAAGAAGGUUUUAGUAAGCGCUCCUGAUCAUCAGAAUAGUGCUCCCAGUGGGAUACCUUCUACAUCAACCAACUCAAAGGCGGUGACUGAUCAAUAUGUGGGAUUAUCUGUUAUUGAUUUGCUUUACGAUGAUGGACCAAAAAUCACUGUGGAAGAGCACCCUACCUUUGAAGACCAUCUUGCCUUUUCACUUGAAGGUUUGGGUGAAGUUGGAGCAGAAACACCACCUCAUUCACCACAACAACGAAACAGAAUCUCUUAUAGUUACUCCCAAAUGCUGAGGGAUGAAAGGAAAAAGAAGUGGUCAAAGGCCAUUAACCAUGAACUGGAAGAACUUGAGCUUGAAGUGGAUACAAUGAUGCAAGAUAUCAAUGCUGCCCCUAUCAGCAAUUUUUCAAACCUUCCUUAUAAAAAGGGAAAGCGGAGCUUAGUUACUUCUCAGGACUAUAACCAUUUUAAUGACCAAGCUAACAAAAAUGGUGUUUCCAUCAGCCAAGGAUUCUUCUAUAACAGUGAGAUUAAAGAUGAUGACAUAUGGAAUGUUGUUAAAGCACCUAGUUCUAGCUUCUUUGAUGAGAAGUUUGAGAAUGAGAGGGAAUACGAUACCUUAUGGAAGAAAAAGACAUUUCAAAGGGGUAAUAGUUCUCCUGGUUCAUUAAAAAGCGGGGUCUGCAAGGCACGAUAUGCAUUUGAAGAUUACCUGCCAAAGAAAAGGUCUUUGGCAGCAGCGUUUGAUGGAUUUGAUACAAUAGAGUUGCCUGCUACAUAUUCAAAAUGCCCUCCAGAAAAUGAUUAUGACUUUUUUGUCGCUACUGGGGCAAGAUGUUCAAGAUCUGGUGGGAACUUCCAUGUACAAAGCUUAGUCCCGGAAGAUGUAAGGGACAAUUCAAGCUUGCUUAGCGAAGAAUCAUGCUCAUCCACUGCAGUGAGAGGUGAGGCAAUCCCUCAUUCACCAUCAAGAUUAUCAGCUGGGGGGACUAGUGAAGAACACAUGUAUGAUUUUGGCAGCCCUGGAAAUAAGCGCAGAUCCAAUGAAGGAAAAUGCAGAAGCAUGCCAAACUCAUCAAAGCAAAAGCCAUCCCAUUCAAAUUCUAUUAUUGAGGAAGACAUAUGUGCUCGUAGCAGUUGGCAGUUUGGGGAAAGAUAUCCUCCAGAUAAUGUAAAUUCCGGUGACUCUACAUUCGGUCAAAAUUUAGAGGCAAAGUUUGCAGCUCCUGGUUCUUAUAAUGGCGAUGAAGAUCCUUUUGGCAUUUUUACAAUUCCUGAAUCACAUGACAAGGCCAGUCCUUCCUCUAGUGGAUUAAAGAGCGGUGUGCGUCCUGUCAAUUCUCCUCCUUGCUGUUUUACCUCUGAAAAGUUUGCAUUUGGCGAAUCACAUGUAUUCUCAGAUGUUCGAUCAUGGUCAACAGGCCCCAAGUUUUGUCCGAAAUUUCAACUAAAAGGCAAUCUAAAAACUGUUUCUAGCUUCCAUUGUGAGACUCCAUCUCCUGAUUUACAAGAAGAUGCUGCCGGCAGAGAUGAGGAUGUGAAGCUGGAAAUGCAACAAGAUUGCCAAGGAAAGUCUGAAAUUAUAGAAGAAACUUUCAUGGGGAAGAAUAAAUGUUCCUCGGAAAAGAAAACAGUAGGAGAUAGUUCAACUUCCAAUAACCAUACUCAGGGUUCUGGAGUUGAGAGGGACCCAAACCUAUUGAUAACAGAGAGUCUUGAGACAACAAAGUCACUUGGCCAUGUGGAGGAGAUAUCAUCGAUGUCGAUGAAGAAACCAGACAAAAAUGAAACAAAAGUAGAUGAUACCAAGAACAACUGUGCUGCUGAAACUCCUCUUAAAUGUAACAUUGCAAAUGAAGUCAUGAAAAAUUGGCAGCCUCAAGAAAGAAGCAUGGUAGCUAGAAAGAACAAGAAGGAACAAAAUGACUUUUCUGGACAGGUAACAUUUGAGAGCUACGUUUUUCAGCUUCUGUGUGUUCAGAAAGUACUGAAAGGAGGCAGCCUUGCUUCCAUCUAAUAGCUAUACGUACGGGUUCUUAUCAAACACAGAACAAAAAGGACUGAUAUCCACGUAUAUAAUACGCUAACUACCAGUUCCCACAACUAUUGAUUGUCUCCAUUCUCUGAAUGUUGUAUAUGGGACCUAUAUCUCAUAAUUACGUACGGACGUGCUAUUUAGCCUUUUUUCUCUCUUUAUUAUUACUAUUAUUUUUUUAAGGUGUUUAAAUAUCCUGGAAGUGUCUACGAAGGAGCACUUUGCAGCUGAAAGUUUUUUAAGGC